GUUUCUGCAAGAAAACACGUUUCAGACAGCAUGGUACGAGCUAUAUUUGUCAUUGUUUGGUGUGCAGGCCGUUGCCCGUGUGCUGCACGCGUUGACCUCGAGGAGCAGAUUAUAUUGUCUAGAUAUCGUUUCUACCGUCCUUCUUUUGUUUCAUUAUCUACCACCUAAGUAUUUUAACCGAAAGACUCAGAUCAACGUUCUAUACGAUGGUCUUCAGUCUUUUCACUCGCAAGUCCGAUUCAUUACCCAACGCACAACUACAUACACCCUCUCCCUCACUUUCACACACUGACUUACCAGUAGCCCUCUCGCCCACACCACCACCCACUACCGAGACAGAGCCCGAGCAAGAGGUAACAGACCCAACCGCCUUGUAUGACCUCGUACGCUCUGUCCCUCCCCAGACCCUACACACAUACACCCUCGCCCACCUCUCCCCGACCUCCGAUCCCCCACUGAUACCCCCCUCCCCACAUACACUCACUGCCCUUACUCAGUUCUUCCACGAACUCUCCCCGCCGCCACAACUCCAUUGCGUGCGCUGCCACUCCUCUUUCUUUGAACUUUCAAAUACAGACACGUCUUGCCGCAUUCCACAUGAUGAUGAAAGCGCACUCGUCGAUCGUGCUGCGUAUGAGACCUUGUGGUGCUGCUGUGGAAGCAGUGUCGAAGGGACGGGAGAUAUGGGUCCCCCGGAUGGGUGGUGUUAUGAGGGAAGACACACAACAGACACCAGGCGUGCGCGUUUCCGCGCAGAUUCUACCAUCCACGACGAUAAACUAUUUUCUUGCGCCGCGACGGGAUGUCACGGCCGUAAACGCAAGCGGAGCGUAUCCAUCUCUGGCAGUGACCUGAGUGCCAGCAUAAGGAAGAAAGACAAAUCCAAGGCAAUCGCAAAAGCAAAUGUCGAUGCUUCACCCAAGUCAACUCCCAAGCCCACUUCAAAAACAUCCACGCCCAGGCCCACACCCAAACCCCUCUCCAAAUCCGGCUCAUUCAUAUCCUCAGCUACCCUCGUCCAUCCGAGACCUAAAUCUAACCUCCACAAGUCUCACGUCGCAUCACCAACCGUAGAUGCCGUUUCCGAAUCUGAAACCGACCCACAACCGAAUAUCCCUAUCCGUCCUACUCGAGAACGCACAAGAACGCGCUCUACUGUAGACGAACAAAAGACCCGCCUUACUGCAGACGACAAAACGCGCCCUCCUACUGACGAGAACAUGAGUAAACCACGUACGCGGAGCGCAGCACGGGAAGAGCGUAGUCUUUCGCGCACGAGAAUGAUCGUGAGAGGCGGUUCUGUGCGUGUGCUGCGUGAGCGCGGGAGGGAAAAGGAGAGUGAGAAGGGUAUAUGUGAGUCAGAUGGGGAUGACAGGGGACGAACCAGGGGGAGGGAGGUGAAGAAGAGAAGGGUGGGUGUAUGA